CACCAUUCCAUUCCCCUUCCAAGCAGCUUUCCUGACAUGGACAUCGGGCCUGGUUGAUUGUCUGUCCUGUUCACCAGCAAAUACGCUACGCUCUCCCGAACUUCUGAUCCCUGUCUAAGAAAGCAUGGAAAUAGACCAGACCGACAGCGGAUCAAAGAAGGGGCACCUUACCAGGCCCCUCGUCCUGGUUACACUGAUUUCCGCCUUUGGAUCAACUUUCCAGUACGGUUACAACUUCUGGGUGAUCAGCUAUCCAUCUCAGUUCAUACAAGGGUUCUACAAUGAAACCUAUAGGGAGUGGAACAGGAUCAACACAGACAGAAAACUGGUCCUGUUUGUGUGGGGUCUCACCACCUCUUUCUUCCCCACUGGAGGCCUGAUUGGGGCUCUUCUGUCUGGCCCCCUGGUGGAUAAAUGUGGCAGGAAAGGGACAUUGCUGUUAAACAAUAUUUUGCCUAUAAUCUCUGGUGUCCUCAUGGGUUGUUCCAAAGCUCUACAGGUCUAUGAAUUCAUCACCUUCGCACGAUUGGUCAUUGGAAUAAGCGCAGGUAUCUCCAGCAGUGUGGUUCCCAUGUACCUUGCAGAGUUGGCUCCCCUACACCUCAGGGGAGCUAUCACUAUGUUGUCUCACCUCUUUUUUGCCAUUGGCGUCCUGCUGGUUCAGAUCUUUGGUCUUCACAAAAUCCUAGGGACACACGAAGGUUGGCCCAUCAUGCUGAGCCUCACUGCAAUUCCAGCGGUCUUCCAGCUCCUUCUACUUCCCUCCUUCCCUGAAAGUCCUAGGUAUUUACUUAUCCAGAGGAGAGACGAAGAGAAGGCAAGGCAAGCCCUGAAGAAGCUGAGAGGCCAGGAUGAUGUUCAUGAUGAAAUUGAGGAGCUCCAUCAAGAGGAUGUCGCCGAGAAGGCAGAAAAGCAGAUGAAUGUCUGUAAGCUUCUGCACUCCCAGGAACUGCGCUGGGCUGUCAUCUCUGUCGUGGUCUUGAUACUUGGCCAGCAGUUCUCUGGCGCCUAUGUGGUGUACUUUUAUAUGAAGAAUAUCUACUUGACUACAGGGAUAAACGAAGAGAACGUUUCAUAUAUGACUGUGGCAGUAACCAUGGUCCUUGUGUUGGUGACCAGUAUGUUGAUAUACGUUGUUGACUUCUGGGGGCGGAAGUUCCUGCUUCUCUCUGGCUUUGCAAUUUGCAGCAUCUCCUGCCUUUUCUUAACCAUGAGCCUCGAACUCCAGAGAACAAUAUCAUGGAUGUCUUACAUCAGUACAGCUUUUGUCAUCAUCUUCCUUCUUGGAUAUACUAUUGGCCCAGCUCCAAUUCCCAGCUUGGUGAUUGCAGAAAUAUUCCUUCAGUCAUCCCGGUCGUCAGCCUUUGUGGUUGGACAAUCUGUGCAUUGGUUCUGCAGCUUUCUUAUGGAGAUGGGCUUCCUUCAUAUACAAAUAUAUCUCUGGACCUACACCUUCCUCAUCUUCUCACCGAUCUGCUUAGCCACCCUUAUUUACAUCUUUAAGGUUAUCCCAGAAACCAAGAACAAUACCUUUCUGGUUAACAGGAGACUUGUGGCAAUCCAUGCCAACUCGUUGAACAUGGACCCAGGUCAGGCAAAUGAACAGAAACUCCGGGGGCACUUUGUUUGAUAAGAAUGAUAAUAAAAAGGAAAA